AGGAAAGAAAAAGCAGGUUAUUUAUAACACCAGGCAGCAUUAGGGUCUCUCCAGUCUCUCCUGCAAACUGGCUGCUGCUGGGAGGUCACUCCCCAAAAACCCUGGCGAGCCCGUGACCUGCAAGCACAAUAUUUGCUCUGGGAUCUGGGGCGGGCACCAGGCUCUGCGGCUCGGGAUUCACUCCAUGCUGCUUGACACACGGGCAAGCCCGGAGCAGCACAGCCAGGCUUUGGAGAGGAGGAUCUCACCUUGGUCCCUCCAGCGCCAUGUGUUGGGUCACCAUCACCAUCCUCAUCGUGGCCGGGCUCUGCGGGGCCUCGCUGGGCCAGUACAAUGAGGAGGAGGACCUGGCCUGGCUGCAGUACUACCUGAGGCAGUCCCGCGUGGCCUCCUACAACUACGUGCCCUACUACGAGGACGAGAGCCCCCCGUACGUGUACUCCUACCCCGCAGCUCCCGACACGGAGCCGGAGCCCGGCCCGGAACCCCAGCAGGCCCCUUCCUGGCAGUGCCCCCAGGAGUGUGACUGUCCCCCCAACUUCUCCUCGGCCAUGUACUGCGACACCCGCAACCUGAGGUACCUGCCCUUCGUGCCCUCCCGCAUGAAGUACGUCUACUUCCAGAACAACCUCAUCACCUCCAUCCAGGAGGGCGCCUUUGACAACGCCACGGAGCUGGAGUGGCUGGCGCUGCACAACAACCAGAUCAGCAGCGACAGGAUGGGCAAGAGGGUCUUCGGGAAGCUCAAGAACCUGGAGAGGCUGUACAUGAACAACAACAACCUGACCAAGCUGCCCAGCCCCCUGCCCCGCUCCCUCAGAGAGCUCCACCUGUCUUACAACCAGAUCUCCAAGGUGCCCUCCAACGCCCUGGAGGGUCUGGAGAACCUCACGGCCCUGUACCUCAGCCACAACUUCAUUUUUGAGAUGGGGGCUUCCCUCAAAGGGCUCAAGUCUUUGAUACUUGCUGAUCUGAGCUACAACCACCUCAGAAAAGUCCCUGACGGGCUCCCGGUGUCCUUGGAACAGCUUUACCUCGAGUACAACUACAUCAAUGCCAUCCCUGAUGACUAUUUCCAGGUGUCUCCCAGGCUGCUCUAUGUCCGGAUGUCCCACAACAGCCUGACAAACCAAGGCCUCUCCUCCAACACGUUCAACAGCAGCAGCAUCCUCGAGCUGGACCUCUCCUACAACCGGCUCCAGAAGAUCCCCCGGGUCAACACCAACCUGGAGAACCUCUACCUGCAGGGGAACCAGAUCAAUGAGUUCUCCAUCAGCAGUUUCUGCUCCGUGGUGGACGUCAUGAACUACUCCCGGCUCCAGGUCCUGCGGCUCGACGGCAACGAGAUCAAGCGGAACGCGGUGCCCCCCGACGCCCCCCUGUGCCUGCGCCGGGCCACCGUCAUCGAGAUCUGAGCCGGCCCCUCCCACCCUCAGGACUUGGCUCCCCCGACCCCGGGGAGACCCUCACCCCCUUCCAGUGCAGCUUCUCAGCCUGACUCGGCUUUGCAGUAGUGCAAUCAGGGGGCUCCGGCAGCCGGAGCCUCUCGACCCCAAAAUCUUCUUCUUCCCAGAAUUCUUCCUCUUCCUGACUCUCCAGCCACGCAGGGUGGGACGGAUCCCAGCACCGACCCCUCUCUGACCCCACCACAGCCACCCCCCCACACACCUUCUCCCCCGGACUGGGGGGGAUGCAGUGGGGAUGGGGCUCAUCCCACCUC